AUGGGCCUCGCGUCGUACUUCUUCACAAAGAACAUCGACCGCACGUGGCGGCUGCUAGAAAACCUUGAGGCAGGGAUGAUCGGGAUGAACACCGGAAACAGCUCGGCUGCCGAGAGUCCGUUUGGCGGGAUUAAGGAGUCGGGAUACGGGAAGGAGUCGGGCAUGGGGGUUGCGGUGGACGAGUACAUGAUCACCAAAACGGGCACGUUGACGCUUGACGGACAUUAUUGA